CAUUUCCUAUUUGCUACACCGGAUGGAUUGGAGACCCUGGCAAAAGCGAAACGUUGGUAUAUGGACGGGACAUUUAAAAUUGUACGGGCCCCUUUCUACCAGUUGCUGACAAUCCAUGCGUUCAUAAAAUCUGCCGACGCAAUGAAACAGGUCCCACUGGCAUUUAUUCUGAUGUCCGGAAAACGGAAGACGGAUUAUGCUAAGGUACUCUCGGUUCUUUUGGACCACAUGCCAAGACAACCCAAAGUUGACAGCGUAGUUGUUGAUUUUGAGGCGGGUCUAUGGCAAGCCAUACGAGAGACAAUGCCGGACCUUGAAAUCCAUGGAUGUGCGUUCCACUGGACACAGGCAGUAUGGCGAAAGGCAACAGAAAUAGGAUUGUCUUCAGCAUACCGACAUGACGACGGGACUCACGACCUGAUUCGCAUGGUCCUAGGACUACCCUUCCUUCCAGAGAACCACAUAGCACAAGCUUUUAGACAACUACGUGGACUGGCUACCACACCGCAAUUAGAGGAACUGAUGACUUACUUGGAGGAAACCUGGAUCACCAAUCCAAUGUGGCCAACCAAAUGCUGGUCGGUGUAUCGGCAGUCCAUUCGGACGAACAAUGACGUUGAAGGUUGGCAUCGUCGCCUCAACGACAAGUCCCCAAAUGGACAGCUGCCUUUCUACAUAUUGGUGCAACUUCUCCACCAAGAGGCGUCACUUCUUCCCCUCCAGCGGAAACUGGUAUCGGAAGGAAAGCUUUGCCGCCGACAGAGGAAAACUGGCCAACAACAGCGAAUCUUUCGGUUGUGGGACAAGUAUGAAGACAAGCAACUUCGUUCUCGUCGGUUCCUCUUCCUCUGUGGUAAAGUCAUUGGACCAAUCGACAAAUAG